AUGAUACUACGCGCACGCCCACCACCGCCUCCGGCCCUGUCCUCGUCAUCGUCCUCGUGCUCUUCGUCGGGCGAAGAGUUUGUAACUCCCCCCGCCACAGGCGCGUCGAGCGACGAGGGCGGGCCAACGACGCCGCCGCCGCCACCACGACCUGCGCGACGGGGACGUCCGCCGCUGCCGGCACGCUUGGGGUCAGCGAGGCAACCUGCCUCGCGCACGGCCCCCGCUACCGGUGGUGUAGUGCGCCGCAUGCGAUGGACUCAAACCAUGAAUGAGAACUGCAUGCGCGCCUAUUAUGGGGCUACAGAAGGGGGAACCGUCCUGACUGCGUAUCGUGAUCGGAUCCUACCUUUGUUUCAGAACCUUGAGCCGACCAUCACCGUUUCUGCCCAACGAUUAUCGGAUCAAGUGCGGGCUAUUCAACGGUGCAGGCUGUUGGACCAGUCUGUACUUGAUCGACUCCGCCUGGAGGCGAUGCCUGCUCGGACAACCCCCCUCUUAAUGUCGGAGCCCCCUGCCCCGGCGUCGCCUACGGUGUCGCCAUCGACACCACAAGCGGCGGGGGUAGCCUCUGGUGUUGAUGAGGGGGAUUUGCCGAGUAGUGUAAGUAACCAGGACUACAUGGCAUGUGUCACAGAACGCAUUGACUACCUAAAGCAAAAAGUCUAUGCAUGGGCAAACCGUAUUCGUCGCUAUAAAGAACGCGUGAACAGAUACUGGCAAAAUCGCGUCUUCCAAAGUGACCAGAGGAGGGUGUACCGGGGAUGGGAGGGAUCUGAUCAACGUGUGAGCAACGGGCAGCUGCCAGAUGUCAAUACCAUGAUUGAUUUCUGGCGUGGCAUUUGGUCGAUGCCCGUUGAACAUACGGAGGGUGAUUGGAUGCGUGUAAUUGAGCGUGAAUGUGAGACCAUCGAAUCUAUGGGGUCUAUUGUUAUAGACCCCGAAGACGUUAGUAGUGCAAUCAGUACGGCCCAGAACUGGAAGAGCCCUGGACCGGACGGAUUGCACAACUUUUGGAUUAAAUGGAUUCGAUGCUCACAUGACCGCUUAGCAACACAAUUUCAAGAAGCCCUCGAGCUCGGGUCCCUUCCAGCCUUCAUGACUACCGGUGUCACCACCUUGCUCUACAAAUCUGGUAGUACCAUGGACCCAAAAAAUUACAGACCAAUCACAUGCUUGCCUACCAUCUACAAGCUCCUUACAUCUAUUCUGACCACAAAAAUUAACACACAUAUUGUCGCGAACAAUAUUUUGGCCCCUGCUCAGAAUGGAUGUAAGGUUGGGUCUCGUGGUACUAAAGAGCUCCUCCUCAUAGACAUGACCAUUAGCCAACAAGUUCGGCGGAGCAGGAAAGCUCUCUCUGCUGCCUGGAUUGACUAUAAGAAGGCCUAUGAUUCGGUGCCUCAUUCAUGGCUGGAGAGGAUUUUAGAGUUGUAUAAGGUUGAUGCAACUCUGAGAUCCUUUUUACGCUCAUGCAUGGGGCAGUGGACUACAGUCCUUAGGCAGCCAGGUGGUAGUGAGAGGUCUCCUGAUCCAUUGAACUUCAUAAGGAUUGAGCGAGGCAUUUUCCAGGGUGACAGUUUGAGUCCCUUAUGGUUCUGCCUAGCACUGAAUCCUCUUAGCACUCUGUUAAAGGAUUCAGGGCUUGGUUAUCGGCUUCGAAGAGGGGGUGAGGUCAUUAGUCACCUGCUCUACAUGGAUGAUCUCAAGUUGUUCGCACCAAAACGACAAGACCUGGUGAAGUUGCUAAAAACCACACAGGUAUUUAGCAACGCCAUCAGGAUGGAGUUCGGUGUAGACAAGUGUGCGGUCUUACAUGUAGAGCGGGGAAAAGUUGUGAAUUCUCCGAAUUUACAACUUUCUGAGACAAUGACACUCAAAUCUCUCUCCGAAACUGAGACCUAUAAGUAUCUUGGUAUGUCAGAAUCGUUAGGUAUAUCGGUAGAAGACAUAAAAAAAUCGGUGAAAGAACGCUUUUGUAGCCGACUGACAAAAGUUCUUAAUAGCCUUUUGUCUGGCGGCAACAAAGCAAGAGCUUUCAACGGUUGGGUGAUGCCUCUACUAAUAUACUCCUUCGGCAUACUAAGAUGGACUCAGACCGAGCUUGACGCCCUGGAUAGGAAGGUACGUCAGCAGCUAACACAACAUCGCAUGUUACAUCCGCGCUCAUCUGUAAUGAGACUUUACAUUCCACGGAAGUGGGGAGGUCGAGGCUUUCUAAAUGCCAAGAACCUCCACAACCGUGAAGUGUGCAGUCUCAGGGAUUAUUUCCUUACAAAUGAGUGCGGAAUGCAUCGCGAUGUUGUGGCAGUUGACAAAGGCCUCACGCCGCUCUCCUUGGCGAACGAGAACUGGCGCAAGCCAAAGGUACUGAGCGUCGCGGAUCGGAAGGACGUAUGGAAGAGCAAGGAGCUGCACGGGAGGUUCUAUCGGGCCCUAACAGGUCCCGAUGUGAACUGGCUACGCUUCGGUGACCUCUUCGGGGAAACCGAGGGUUUUGCUUGUGCAAUUUCUGACGAGGUAAUGAUGACGAACAACUACCGAAAAUAUAUCUUGAAGGACGGUACGGUCGACAUUUGUCGAGCAUGCCACCGUCCCGGAGAGUCACUCAGGCAUAUAAUUUCUGGUUGUUCGCAUCUUGCUAACGGUGAGUAUUUGCACAGGCAUAACCUAGUAGCCAGAAUCAUCCAUCAGCAACUUGCUCUUCAGUACGGCCUUCUUGAAUCUGAGUCGCCAUAUUACCAGUACCAGCCGGUGCCAGUUCUUGAAAAUGGUCAUGCAUUGCUCUAUUGGGAUCGGUCUAUCAUCACAGACAGGACUAUUGUCUGUAAUAAACCUGAUAUUGUGGUGGUUGACCGAUCCCAACGUCGGACAGUGCUCGUUGACAUCACCAUCCCGCAUGACGAAAACCUCGUGAAGGCCGAGAAGGAAAAACAAAGCAAAUACCUUGACUUGGCCCACGAGGUGACCGCCAUCCAAAUGAUGUCCACAGUCCACUGUUGGGCAAACGCCAAGGAUUUCUACAACGGUUUAGCGCUUAGUGCAUCCAGGUGGAAAAAUGAGUAA